AUGGAGGAUCCGUUCGUCGCCUGUCCAUAUAACAAGAUGCAUAGAAUCCCGAGAUCUCGGAUACAGCGGCACAUAGUAAAAUGUCCAGAUAAACGUCCAGAUUUUGGCUUUUGCCCCUAUGAUGCUACUCACAUCAUGCCCACGAAAGAUAUACUCAAACACACUGAUGACUGCCCUUCAAAAUUCCUUAUAUAUCCUGAAAAUAAGCCUCCGGUUGUAAAUUCAACUAUAGUGGCUCCUAAACCAAUAUUACAAAGAGAAUACUUGCCGGAGACAGAUCCUAAUCAUGAGAUUUGGGAUGAUUAA